AUGUCGAGCUUCCAGCCAGUCAACCCGAAACCUUUCCUGCAGUUGCAAACGGGCAAGCCCGUGCUGGUGCGCCUCAAGUGGGGCAUGGAAUACAAGGGCUUCCUCGUCAGCACAGAUAGCUACAUGAACCUGCAGCUCGCCAACACCGAAGAGUUCCAGGAUGGCAAAUCCAACGGCAUGCUCGGCGAAGUCUUUAUCAGAUGUAACAAUGUUCUCUACUUGAGAGAGCUUCCCGACGAGUCGGCAUAG